AUGGCGACGGCCAACGCCAUCUACGAGUCAAUUUUAACGCGUGUCGAGCGCUUUGAGCUGCAAGAGCAGCUGCAAAAAGUGGUGCAAAAGGACUUGGAUUCAGUAUGUAGGCGCUUGCGUCGUGCUUCGUCGUCUAUCACUGCACUUCGGCAGCUGCAGGCGGCGGCUGAACACGUGCGACCAAGUGGCGACUGGCUGCCGACGACGUUGGAAAUGCGAUUGAAGAGUAUUGAGGAGAGGAAGCGGCAGCUGGUGCGGACGAUGGAUCAGUUUAAUGUGGAACAGAGUGCGAAGAAGCGGAUGCAGACGAAGAGGAAGCGCGGGAGGGAGCGGAAGUCGCUUGGUGAUGUGGUUGGGCUGGAGGAGGAAGAAGCGGGGAAGGAGGAGAAGGUGGUUGUGGUUGGUGGAGGGAUAGAGGAGAAUGGAGAGAUGAGGUGGUGUGGGAAACGAGAUAAGACUGAGGUGCGGAUGGUGGUAGUGAGGGACGAGGUGACGCAGCAGCAGCAGAAGAACGAGGAUGGAUUGGAUGUGGAGAGUCUAGAUCUGGUGAUGGCUGAAGAGGUGAUGAAAGAGGAGGAGCUGGAUCGAGUCGAGGUGGCACUUCUGACAGAUCGUGAAAACAAGGAAGCGACGAGUGAAGUGGUGGUGGCGAUGCAGGACGUGCUUGUGCGUGUGAAGGAGGAGUCGGUGGUGUGUGAGAAUGGAGGGGAAUCGCCGGAGAAUGAAGGACUAGUGUUGAAACCAAAGGAGCUGAUGAACGGAGUGGUGCCUAGUAUGCAGUACGCGCUCAAGUAUGUUAAAGAGGACCCGGUACUGUGUGACCCUAGGAUCGAUUUGCCUGGAGAGAAAGGAUCGAAGUCAAAUGCUGAAGAGCUGACGAAUGGAGUGCUUUUAGCGCUACAGGACGCGCUUGUGAAAAUAAAGGAGGAACCGGUCAUGUGUGAUAAUGGCGUAGUAUCGCCUGAGGAGGUAGGGGCUAGGUUGGAGGACCAUGAAGCUGCUGCUGGGGGCAUGACGGCGUCUCCGAGUGAGUGGACGAUUGCAGAAUUGUCCGAUGAGUCGGCAAUGGAGCUGGAGGUGCCAGACUCAGAGUCUGAUGAGGACUUUUCCCCUGUUCACGACACGGUGACGAGACUAGAAAAGGCGAGGACUUCUACCCAAUUAAUCAUGUUUCCAGCGGCUGUGGAUCAGCUACGCGCCUACCUGAUUGAUCACAAGCACAUGACUGUUGUCGAGAUGGAUGGAUAUUUAUCUGCGCACAAGCCCAUUACAGAUGAAGAGGCUCGAGAGAUCGGGUGUACGAUCGAAACAAUCAUUUCUGUGGCCUUGAAGCUGCCAAUGCGACCAAAGAUCAAGCUGGCGCUUUUCGACUUAAUCGCAACCGUUGAACAGCUCGAGCUCACACUGGGCAAGCUGCCCGGAUCGCUGCGUCUGUAA